AUGGUCAACAAAAAACACCCCUGCCUUAGCAAGAGAGGUGGCAUAUGGGGCCUUUGCAUCCUCCUGCUCUACACCAGCCCUCUGCCCUGUUUGGGGAAUUUUAACAAAGCACAGGAGCUCAUCUAUAAGAUAAAGGAGGGAUUACCACGUGGGACAUUCAUCGGGGCCAUUGGAGUCGACUUAAACUUGGAUUUUAACGCAGAUCCCCCAUUUUUAUUCAAUCUGGCUCAAAAGAAGGUCAGCGAGCAGUACGUGACCCUCAAUAAUACCACGGGGGAGCUGCACACAUCUGCCACAGAGAUUGACAGGGAGAUCCUCUGCUCGGACAACUCGGAGAUCAGGGCCUGUGCCUUGUCUUUGGACGUGUUGGUCUUACCGCAACAGUACUUCCAGCUUGUCAAAGUCAAAGUGGUUAUUGAGGACGUGAAUGACAACAGGCCAAAAUUCCCUUCAGAUGAAAUCAUAUUAAUUGUCCCUGAAAAUUCACUAGUCAAUGCUCGUUAUGCAGUUGAGCAGUCGGCAAUUGACCCGGACCUGGGCCUCAACGGGGUCCAGACAUAUUGGCUGGUUAACGACUUUGGGGUUUUCACUUUGGAUGUUGAGGAAAACGAUGGGGGAGAGUUGACACCGUUCCUCAUUGUGACCGAAACAUUGGACAGAGAAACGCAAGCAGAAUACAUCACGGAUAUUAUCGCAGAAGACGGUGGGACUCCUCCUCUACUGGGGGCGGCCACGUUAAAAAUCCAGAUCUCAGACGUCAACGACAACUGUCCGAAAUUCACAGAGUCUCAUUUGAACAUCACUGUCCAUGGAAAUACGAGUAAAGGGGCGCCACUAGUACGACUGCACGCCUACGACCCUGACCUCGGUGCUAAUGCUCAGAUCAGCUAUGCCUACAGCGAGCGGUCUGUAGUUGAGUUAACCAUUGAGGAAAACAACCCGCCCAAUGCGUUCCUUACCCAAUUUCAAGCAACAGAUCAAGACAGCGAUAGCAGCGGAGAAGUUGUCUAUCUCUUGGGAGGGGAUGCACCGGGGAUAUUUGAACUGGAUAGGGUUACUGGUGUCCUCACAGUCAUUACAUCGCUAGACCGCGAAGAGAAGGAGACGUAUCGUUUCAUUGUGAGGGCACUGGACCAGGGAACACCCAGAAGGGAGUCUAUAGCAACUGUCCUUCUCACUGUGCAAGAUCGCAAUGACAACAGCCCUCGUUUUAUCAACAAAGAUUUCACCUUCUUCGUUCCGGAGAAUUUCCCCGGAUACGGCGAGAUCGGAGUGCUUUCGGUCAGAGAUGCCGACGCGGGUGAGAACGGUUGGGUCGCGUUGUCGAUUUUGAAUGGCACUGAUAUUUUUAUGAUCGAUACCGGUCGUGGUAUACUGAGAGCCAAAACGUCACUUGACAGAGAACAACAAGGAACCUAUCAACUGUGGAUCGAAGCUGUGGAUGGGGGCGAACCAGCGUUGUCUUCUGUUACUAUGGUGACGGUUUUACUGUUGGAUGUAAAUGACAAUCCACCCAUCGUCCUUUUCCCGCAGUCAAACUUGUCGUAUAUGCUCGUCCUUCCCAGCACAUUGCCCGGGACGUCUAUUACGGAAGUUUACGCGGUGGAUAAGGAUACGGGCAUGAACGCUGUGAUAGCUUACAGCAUUAUCAAACGAAAAGGUGGUGAACCAGGAUCCUUCACCAUCGAUGCCCAAACUGGAAAUAUCACUCUAAAACGCGAACUGAGCAACCGUGGUGCUCAGUGUUUGUGA